UUAAAAACAAAUCUUCUCAAUAACGGAAACAGAUAAAAACUGUGUGUUUUAUUGUUUUGGACUUAACUUUCACUACCCACAAAUUUUAUUGGCUCUUCGCAUUUCUAGGAUCAACCCCAGAUCCGCAUUUUGCUCUCUCUGUUUUUUUUUUAAUUUUUAAUUUUUUGUUUUUUCGGUUUAUGUUUCUGUUGUGAAUAUUACAGCUCAUUUCACUUGUCCAAAAUAAGGAAGUCUUGUUGAAUUAUUAGGUAAGAUUUUUGGUCAGUUUUGUCUGGUUCUUAGUUGGAUACCUACUUCAUUGGCGUCUGUUGCACCGCAAAUGUUCUUCGUCCUAAACGCAUACAUUUUGUUCAACGGAUUUCCCUUGUACAGUUUCUGAAGUUUCGGUUUGUUCUUUGUUGGUAUGGUUUUGUACUUGUAUUUUCAAUGUUAAAGAGGGGCUUUUUGAUAUGAUUUUGGGAUCUGGGGUUUCUUAAUUUGAUUAAAAGGCUUGGCUUUCUAGUUCAUUUUAGGCCUUUUGUUGUUUUGGGAUCUGGGUUGUGUUGUGAUUUUUAAAUCUUGUAAGUUUUUGGAUCUGGGUUCAUUGGUUUUGAUGGGAUGUAAUUGAUUUGAGAGUUAAGAUAAGUUUAAUGUGUGAAGAGUUGAUUAUAUCUAAUAGUUCCGUGGGUGGAAACUGGUGAUUUUGAAGCAUUAGAAUUAGAAUUAUCAAUUAUGGGCUGCAUUUGCUCGAAAGGAAGUCGAGCAAACCAAUAUGUUGCAGAAAAAAAUGCAAAGGAAUUAACCAAGAAAUCCUCUAAAAGAUUAGGUUCGUUUAAGAAGGAGAAUGUGACUGUGGUGGAGCCGGAAGGUGCCGGUAAUGAAGCCACCACUCGGCUGAUAAAUGAACAACCAUUUGUGGAGGAUGAGGUGGGAAUCUCUGAUCAGGGGGGGGUGGAUAAGAAGGCGAAGUCCCAUCUGCAAAGGCGGGGGAGGGAUGUUGGGAUAGAUGCAGUGCAGCCUCAGAUCAAUAAGAUUAGCAGUUCAGGGGUUGGGGAGAAAGGAGCACAGGUUGUUGCUGGUUGGCCUUCUUGGCUGACUGCGGUGGCUGGCGAAGCGAUCAAUGGAUGGGUGCCGCGAAAGGCUGACUCAUUCGAGAAGUUAGAUAAGAUUGGACAAGGAACUUAUAGCAGUGUGUACAGAGCCCGUGAUCUGGAGAAUAAUAAAUUAGUUGCAUUAAAGAAAGUACGGUUUGCAAAUAUGGAUCCUGAAAGUGUUCGUUUUAUGGCUAGAGAAAUCAUUAUUCUCCGGAGGCUUGAUCACCCAAAUGUCAUGAAGCUUGAAGGUCUAAUUACUUCAAGGGUGUCUGGAAGUAUAUAUCUGAUAUUUGAAUACAUGGAGCAUGAUCUCACAGGGCUUGCAGCAAAAUCUGGGGUUAAGUUCACUGAGGAACAGAUUAAAUGUUACAUGCAGCAGCUACUCCGAGGACUUGAACAUUGCCAUAGUCGUGGGAUUUUGCACCGGGACAUCAAAGGCUCAAAUCUUUUAUUAGAUUAUAAUGGCAAUCUCAAGAUUGGUGAUUUUGGGCUGGCAACUUUCUUCCAAUCUCCUCAGAAGCAGCCUUUGACAAGUCGUGUAGUAACGUUGUGGUACAGACCACCUGAGCUUUUGCUUGGUUCUACAGAAUAUGGAGCUUCAGUGGAUUUGUGGAGCACUGGGUGCAUUCUUGCUGAAUUGUUUGUUGGGAAGCCUAUCAUGCCUGGAAGAACGGAGGUGGAGCAAUUGCAUAAGAUCUUCAAACUUUGUGGGUCACCAUCUGAAGAGUACUGGAAAAGAUCAAAAUUGCCGCAUGCCACCAUUUUCAAACCGCAACAUCCUUACAAGCGAUGUGUUGCUGAGACUUUCAAGGACUUCCCAUCAUCAGCCUUGUCCCUUUUGGAAGUACUUCUUGCAACUGAACCUGAUGUCCGUGGAACAGCUACUUUGGCACUUCAAAGUGAGUUCUUCACAACAAAACCACUACCUUGUGACCCAUCGAGUUUGCCCAAGUAUCCACCGAGCAAGGAGUUUGAUGUCAAGCUUCAACAGGACACCAGAAACAGGAAAGGAGCUGCUGGUGGUAAAGGACAUGCUCACGGGACAAUAAGAAAAGUUUCCAACGAAUCUAAGGCUGUGCCUGCACCAGAUGCCAAUGCUGAGUUGCCUGCAUCCAUACAGAAGCGGCAAAGACAGCCUAAUCCUAUAAGCUGUAGUGAAAAUUACAAUCCUGAAGAGGAAUCUGGCUCUGACUUUCCUAUUGAGCCAGUGAAAGGACUAACACGAAAUGGAUGCUCCUAUUCGGGUCAAUUAAAGCAAGCCAGUAAUUUAGGAACUACAUGGAGUAGGAUGACGAGUGAGAAUGAACAUUUUACAGGUCCUAGUGGGCCAUUUGGCUCUCCCAGCGGAGCUGCAGAUUUGAAAAAUACAAGAUCUUACAUCCAACCCUGUGCAGCCAGUUUUUCCAGAUUUUCCAACUCAGUUGCAGAUAGAGGCCGUUCACAAUUAGAUUGUAGCACAGAGAGUAGAGUGAAUUGGAAGUGGGGCGAUGACUCUGUAAAGCAUGACCGGUCAACUUUGCUGGACAAGUCAAAGUCUUCUUUUAAGAAGGAUGUGCAACUAUCUGGAAAAGAUUCUUCAGUGGGUUAUACAUCCAAGAAGAACCGAAUCCAUUUCUCUGGACCAUUGAUGCCACCAGGAGAAAAACUUGAGGAAAUGCUGAGAGAACAUGAGAGGCAAAUCCAGAAAGCUGUCCGAAAAGCUCGUGUUGACAAAACCAAGACCCAGAAAACCUACAGCGAUAAUGUACAAACAGAGUCUCUUCUUCACAAUGGGAGGGAUGACAGGUGAUAGUAGAAAGGAAACUCUUACAUCCCUGUUUUUUGAUCCAGAAGGCCUCGACAUGAUCCAUUUUGCUUCACAUACUAGGAAGAAACAAAUUUACUGUGAAUCUGACUAUUCUCAUCCCAAAAUAAUCUUGUCGAUAAACGGUCAUACAUAGAUUCCAUCUCACAAGACAAAAUAAUUUUUACAACCAGAUAGUCGCUGCCGAGUUCUAACCAUAGAAAAAAAAAACACACUUAUGAUUCGAAGAGGUAGACAGGUGAAGCAAAUUAAAGUUAUUGCUGAAUAUAAAUUUGUGGUGGCGGAUUUUGAGGUAGACACAUUAAUCAUUUUUGGUUGUUUAAGGAGUAGAUCUCUUAAGCAAAUUGCUGCAAGAGGUAUACCUUGUACAGCUAAAAUAUUAUUUUACAUAGAAUCAAAAUUUUACCUCAUUAUAUGUAUAGACCAAAGUGAUCUUAAUCUAAAUAUAGUGAAUUUAUCAUCACAGGCUGAAGGGUUUCUUCUUCAAGUUUUUUAAUGUAAUUCAUACGGCUUGUUUUAUGGCCUGCUUCUGUGAAGAACUUAGCAAGCAUAGCAGAAUAGUUUCUGCAACAGGAUUUGUGAUUGUAUUGAGCUGCCUUGUAAAUUUAGUUGUUUGCAAUCAGUUUUAUAGAAAUCUGUUCACUUGUUCAGAGUUGUACAUGUAUCAACAUAAAGUUGAUUUUCAAUCUGAUACUGGAUUUGAUUGGGU